CUAUGUGGUCUCUUUCUACCACUAUUUCUCCAAGAUGAAAGCUCUGGCUGUGGAGGGGAAGCGGAUUGGGAAGGUCCUGGAUCAGGUGUUGGAGGUGAGAAAGAUCAUAGAGCGCUAUGAGGAGCUGGCGGCUGAGCUGCUGGCCUGGAUCCACCGCACCGUGGGCCUCAUCAGCAACCAGAAGUUUGCCAACUCACUGAGUGGGGUGCAGCAGCAGCUUCAGGCUUUCACAGCCUAUUGCACGCUGGAGAAGCCCGUCAAGUUUCAGGAGAAGGGGAACCUGGAGGUGCUGCUCUUCAGCAUCCAGAGCAAACUGCGUGCCUGCAACCGUCGCCUCUUUGUGCCUCGGGAGGGCUGUGGCAUCUGGGAUAUUGACAAGGCAUGGGGCCAGCUGGAGAAGGCAGAGCAUGAGCGGGAGGCUGCCCUACGGGCUGAGUUGAUCCGGCAAGAGAAGCUGGAACUACUGGCCCAGAGGUUUGACCACAAGGUGGCUAUGAGGGAGAGCUGGCUGAAUGAGAACCAGCGCCUGGUAUCUCAGGUACAAGGUGUAGGGCUUGGCUCCGGGGCAAAGGGAUGGAGGUGGGGCUAAUGGCCCUGGGACCAGAGAGGAAGACUUGAUCUCCCAAGCAACAGAGAAGGGUCGGAUUAUUCUCCUGGGUGAUAAAUGAGGGUGAGAAGGGAGAAUUAGUCUAAGUGAUUGGUGGGU